CGUAGGCUACGAAUCAGUUGGUUAAAUAGCCACCUAACUCUUCGUUUAGUUUAACAAUGGCGGUAACGAAGGAAGCAAUUGCCAUAGUUUUAGAUGUUGGACUGGAUAUGCAUAUUCGAGAUACACCAUCUGUUUUGGAAAAUGCGAAGAACUGCAUCAAUAUGAUAAUUCAGAGGAAGAUCUUCUCUGAAUCAAAAGAUGAAAUUGCACUGAUAUUAUUUGGAUCUCAAGACACAAAAAAUAAUUUAGCUGAUAAAAGGAAGAGUCAAUAUCAAAAUGUUGAAGUGUGUCAAGAGUUAAAACCUGCUAGCUGGGAACUUUUAGAGUUUGUCAAUAAAAUUAAGGGCACUACCAUAUCUGCUGAUUUUAUCAUGGAAAAAGCACUUCUUGCUGCAGUAGAGUUAUUGAAAAGUCCAUCAAAUGAAAAGAAGUUUUUUUCCCGAAGAGUCCUCCUUUUUUCUAACUUCUUAAGGGCUUUCAGUGAUGAGAGUGUAUGUAUUUUAUGUAAAGAACUGACAAAUAACAAGAUAGAUUUAAAUGUCAUAGGACCUGUUUCUUAUGCUGAUGAAGAAACUAGCCAAAGUUGUUCAACGACGUACUCCACCAAAACUCCAACUCAAAUCAAGGCUGAAAAUACUAUUAAAAAAAUUCUGAAAGAAGUAAAUGGGGAAUCUUAUUCUUUUAAUGAUGUUCUUCCUGCUUUAAUAUAUUAUCAAAAGAAGAAAGUUCAGCCUAUUCCAUGGAAUGCAAACUUAGACAUAGGAACUAAUUUGACAAUUCCUAUAAGUGCAUACAUAAAGGUUAAUGAGUUCAAGCCCAAAUCAUGGAAAAAUGCAUAUGCCCAUAAACUGAAUGCAAAGUUAGAAAGAGGCACUUCAUAUUUCAUAAAUGAUGAUGCACAAGCUGAAGUUCCAAAAGAAGGUAUUAUCCCAGCUUACAGGUAUGGUACUACUUUAGUACCAUACACAGAAGAAGAUAAAAUGAAUAUGGAGUACCAGUCUGGAGAAAAAGGCAUGAAAGUACUUGGGUUCACAAAAGCUGAAAACGUUCAAAGAUUUCAUCAUGUUGGGGACAAAACUAUGUAUGUGUACGGACAGAAAAACAGAGAGCUUGCAGGUGUAAUUUUAGCUCCUUUUAUUCAUGCACUUCAUGAUACGAAAAUGGUUGCUGUUGUUCGAUAUGUAUAUUCAGCUAGGUCUGCUCCAAAGAUUGGAUUUUUGGCUCCUAAAAUAAAGCAACAUUAUGAAUGUCUUGUAUUUAUAACACUGCCAUUUAUGGAAGAUCUUCGACAUUUUGUUUUUUCGCCAUUAGAUGGGAAUCCAAACAACUUACCAUCAGAUGAGCAAUUAAAUGCUGUUGAUGAACUUAUUACUGCAAUGGAUUUAACUGCAACUUAUGAUGAAGAUGGUAAUGAAAAUGAAGAAUUGAAACCAAAGUAUACAGUUAAUCCUUAUUUGCAAAGAUUGUAUCAAUGUUUGCAAUUUAAAGCUUUUCAUCCUGAUAAGCCAUUACCGGAUAUCUCUCCCCAAAUUAAAGCCAUUAUUAAUCCAUCAGAAAAGGUGCUCAAAAUUGCCGAUUCUGCUUUGAAUAGGGUGAAAUCUGUUUUCAGUUUGAGAGAAACAUCACAGAAAAAGAAUCCAGAUACAACUUUUAAUCUGCUAUCUAAUGGAAAAUCUGAAAAUACACGUAAACGAAAAUUGUCUGAUGAUAGUGGAAUAGACAGCAAGCUUAGCAUUAUUGAAGAUGUUAUUGAUCCAGUCACAAAAAUAGGCACUAUUAAUCCUGUGAGAGACUUUCAAGAAAUGAUUAAAAGUAAGGAUCCACAUGACUUCUUUGAUGCUAUUCAUCAAAUAGUUCAAGUUGUGUGGACUUAUUUGAAAGACGAAAGAUGUGCUAAAUUAUAUCAUUCAAAAAUUCUUGGAAUUUGUAAAGAGCUAAGGGCAUCAUGUCUCAAAGUUAAACAAACUACAGACUACAAUACUUUUAUAACGACUUUGCAAAGCAGGCUUUUUGAAAUUGAUCCAGAUCUUUGGAUGAAAAUAAGAAAUGAAAGCAUUGGUUUAAUAUCGAGGAGCGAAGUGGGAACAAGUGCCGUCAGUCCAGAAGAAGCUGAAGCCUUCUUAACUGUAACUCCCUACAUUAAAACUGAAAAUGUAAACAAUGAAGAGGAUUUUGCAUCUGUUGAUAAUAGUGAUUAUGAUGCACUGUUGGAUGAAAUGUAGUUUGUUUUGAAUGAAGAAUGGUAGGAGCGAAAGAAUGUUAUUAAAUACACAUUUUAUAAUAUAUUUUUAUUAGUUAUGGUCUUUAUUAAGACUCAACCUGUACAUAAAAACUUGCUUAAAGUUUAUGUUAAUGUUUUGUUUUAUAAAAAAUGUAUAUUAAUUAUAUACCACAAAAUGUUGAAAAAAUAAAAAUCUUAAACCUA